AUGUCGUCGUCGUCGACCUCGAGCUGGUCCGAUGACCUCACCAUCAAGACGCUCGCAAAGGAGCGCGAGAACCCCGCCUUCGACAUUCGCAAGAUGUCCAUUGUGCAGCACGGCAGCGAAAAGGACCUCGAGAAGAAGGAGAAAUUCAUGCUCGAGGCGAGCCGCGACCCCAUCUUCUAUUCGGGAGACAUCUACGACUUGACAAAGGAGCAGAUCCGCGAGCGCACCAUGCAGCGCAUCCAGAGGCUCGCCCACUACGUCACCAGCGAGUCGGUCGACGACUUCCAGAAGCGCAUGGAGCUCAUGAGCCUCCUCGACCCCGGCCUCUGGACCCGCCUCGGCGUCCACUACGGACUCUUCCUCGGCGCCCUCCGCUCCGGCGCAACCCCCAACCAGUUUUCCUACUGGAUGGAAAAGGGCGUCAUUGGCUGCAACGGCAUGUUUGGCUGCUUUGGCAUGACCGAGCUGGCCCACGGAAGCAACGUCGCUGGCCUCGAGACGACGUCGACGUUUGACGAGCAGACCGACGAGUUUGUCGUCCACACGCCCAACCUCGGCGCCACAAAGUGGUGGAUCGGCGGUGCCGCCCACACGGCGACCCACUGCGCCGUCUUUGCCCAGCUGAUCAUCAAGGGCAAGAAGCACGGCACAAAGACGUUUGUCGUGCCGCUGCGCGACCCCAAGACGUACCAGCUGCUGCCCGGCAUCAACAUUGGCGACAUUGGCAAGAAGAUGGGCCGCGACGGCAUCGACAACGGCUACAUCCAGUUCACCAACGUCCGCAUCCCGCGCGCCUACAUGCUCAUGAAGCACACGCAGGUGACGCGCGAGGGAGAGGUGCGCGAGCCGCCGCUGCAGCAGCUCACGUACGGCGCGCUGCUCCAGGGCCGCACCGCCAUGGUCGCCGACGCCGCCAACACGGCCAAAAAGGCGCUCACCAUCUCGGUCCGCUACGCCGCCGUGCGUCGCCAGUUCAAGUCGGACCCCAAGGCCGGGCUCGAGACGCAGAUCCUCGACUACCCCAUCCACCAGCGCAGGCUGAUGCCGCUGCUGGCCCAGUCGGUCGCGUUUGGCUUCACCGCCCUCGAGCUGCAGAGGCUCUUUGACGAGACCAGCCAGGCCCUCGAGGCCCUCGAGCCCGGUGACCCGAACCUUGAGGCUACCAUCGAGAUGCUCAAGGAGACGCACGCCACCAGCGCCGGCCUCAAGGCAUUCUGCACGUGGGCCACGCUCGAGACGAUUGAGAAGUCGCGGCAGGCGUGUGGCGGCCACGGCUACUCGUCUUACAACGGCUUCGCGAACAUGUACUCGGACUUUGCCGUACACUGCACGUGGGAGGGCGACAACCACAUCCUGGCGCUGCAGUCGGGCCGCUCGCUCAUCGCCCAGUACCAGGACGCCGUCGAGGGCAAGAAGCUGAGCGCCGGCACGGGCUACCUCAACAACAUCGAGCAGGUGCUGGCGGCCAAGUGCCCCUCGGACGCGGCGCUCGACACGCUCGACGGCAUCGACCGGGGCUGGGCCACGGUGGCGGCGCACGCCGUCAAGAAGGCCGCCGAUGACUACCAGUCGCGCCUCAAGGCCGGGCGGAGCCGCGAGCAGGCGUUUGAGGACUGCUCGCAGGUGCGCUUUGUCGCGGCCAGCGUCCACACGAGCGGCUACAUUUUCCGCCAGUUCCGCGCCGCCGUCGAGCGCGUCGAAAAGUCGGGCGACGGCGUGCGCGAGCAGCUCGAGCUGCUGGCCAAGUUCUACGGCCUGUGGCAGAUGGAGGAAAAGGCGGCCUUUUUCCUGCGCUCGGGCUGGCUGUCGCCGUCGCAGCUCGACGUGGUGCAGGCCAAGGUGACCGAGUACUGUGCCGCCACGCGUCAGUUUGCCAUCCCGCUCGUCGACUCGUUUGCCAUUUCCGACCACGUCCUCAACUCGCCCAUUGGACGCUACGACGGCGACAUCUACCGCGAGUACUUCCGCAUGGUGCGCCGCAACAACCCGCAGCUCAAGGCCCACCCCUACUUUGACCGACUCAUCAAGCCCUUCAUCGAGCGGCAGGCGGCCGAGGUCGAGGACUUUGACGAGGCGAUUGGCAUCGACGAGGAAAUCGAGGAGAUCAAGCAGGACCGCGAGGAGGCCGAGGCAGAGGCCAAGGCCGAGGCGGCGGCGAAGAAGGAAGAGGCCAAGAAGGAGGUCUAG